UCACGUGAUACUGAGGGCCAAUGACAAUGUACAGCCGAGGGCCCACGUGCCUCCGUUCCCAUUGGCAACCCGUGGCUUCUAAACAACCUACUUUCCUCAGGCCGCAGCUCAGGCCUCCGUGUUUCCUGUCUGGUCCCGCCACCGCCAUGGCAGAGUUGGGCCUAAAUGAGCACCAUCAAAAUGAGAUUAUUAAUUACAUGCGUUUUGCUCGUUCAAAAAGAGGCUUGAGACUUAAAACAGUAGAUUCCUGCUUUGAAGACCUCAAGGAGAGCAGGCUGGUGGAGGAGACUUUCACCAUGGAUGAGGUCACAGAAGUCCUGAAUGGGCUGCAGGCUGUGGUACACAGUGAGGUGGAGUCUGAGCUCAUCAAUACAGCCUACACCAAUGUGCUACUCCUGCGGCAGCUGUUCUCACAAGCUGAGAAGUGGUACCUAAAGCUACAGACAGACAUCUCUGAACUUGAAAACAGAGAAUUAUUAGAACAAGUUGCUGAAUUUGAAAAGGCAGAAUUUACAUCUUCAAAUAAAAAGCCCAUCAUAGAUAUCACAAAGCCUAAACUUGUUCCAAUUAAUGAAGGUGGAACAACAGAACUGCUAAACAAGGAAAUUUUAAGACUUCAACAAGAGAAUGAGAAAUUAAAGUCAAGACUGAAGACCAUUGAAAUACAGGCUACAAAUGCUUUGGAUGAAAAGUCAAAAUUGGAAAGAACACUUCAAGAUUUACAGCUUGAUCAAGGAAAUCAACAGGAUUUUAUAAAGGCCCAUGACUUGGAUGACUUGGAAAACACAGUUGCAGCUCUUAAGAAUGAAUUUCAGAAAACACUUAAUGACAAGACAGAAAACCAAAAGUCUUUGGAGGAGAACCUAGCAGCAGCCAAACAUGACCUCCUCAGAGUACAGGAGCAGCUGAGCAUGGCUGAAAAGGAGUUAGAAAAGAAAUUUCAACAAACAGCAGCUUAUCGAAACAUGAAAGAGAUUCUCACCAAAAAGAAUGACCAAAUCAAAGACCUACGGAAAAGACUGGCAAAAUAUGAAUCUGAAGAUUAAAGACUGAAAGGUUUUCUCCAGAACCUGCCACACAUGAACAUACAAGUUAUCUCCAUUCACCUCAGGCAUGUAUUUUGAAGCAUUUUGUCAUAUUCUCUCCUUUUUCUAAUGUUUAGGCUUUGCUUGUAAUACUAGAAUUAGUAUUCUUAUCUUCAGUUCUCUAAUUGAGAAGAGAAAAAAGAAAGUAAUGAUUCUUUUUUGUUGUCCCAAACACCUGUCUGUCAAGUGCUCCAGUCGCUGUGCAAGUACAGUGAGAUUUCUUCAUGGUAGAAAAGAGUUUAGAGUGGGAAGAAGAGCCAUCCUUUUGUAUUAGUAAGAAGAGUGAACAUUUUAAUGUUAGAUAAGCCAGUACCAUCAAUACUUGUACAGUCUCUGAAUGUAAAGAUACAUAGUAAAGUUAUUAAGUUUACAAAUAAAUCUCUUAUUUUUAAUAAUGAAAUUCUAAUUAAUUUACUCUAUCUGAUAAUCAAAAUGUAUAAACUCAUGGAAAAUAUGUUUACUGUUUUCUAUAGUCACCAUUUUUAAUCAUUUAUAAGGGAAAGUAAGCUGCAGUGAAUGUGAAGACUCAGUUAACCUUUGCAUCUCUCUAUCAUGAGUGCUGCCUAUCAAAGGAGAUGCAGUCAUUUUUUGCAUCCUGACUUCUUAUGGGUUUGUGUUAUGGAUGGAGAAGUCAUAUUCAUCCUUUGCUUUCAUAGUUUAGAAAGCAGAUGGACUCAGAGUACAUGCAGUCUCUAGACUUAUUUCCAGAAUAUCUGUUUGGCCUAUAUGUGAAUUAGAACUCUUUCAAACUUUGACUCAACAGAAAGUCAGUGACUAGGUUCCAGGUUGGACUUUGGGUUGUGGUUUGUAUAUGUAUAGAGAAAUGGCAUUUUCAAGAGAUUUUAAUAUUUCUAUUGGUGUUCUUUUCCUUGGCUGACCAUAUAUAAAGUAUUAGAAACAGGACACAUACCUAGAGUAUGUGGUGCAGUGAUGUGGUAUCUGGAAAAAAAAAAGUACACAGAAAGAAGGAAAAAAGGAGGAAGAGAAGAAAAAAUACAGCAACAAGCCAGCAUUUCCUACACAUUUUCCUCAUCCAUUUAUUUGUAUUUGGGUCACUCACCAGUUUCUUGUAGGCUUUCAUUGAGGACUCUAGUUUUACCCUGUACUUCUUUAGCCCAAUAUAAUUCCCUCUCAAAAAGUCCAUUCCAUCAUUUGUGGACCAGGAUGUUCUGUAUAAGUCAGAAAGCAGAACUUCUAAGUGAAAAGUCUUUCUUUCAGAAACCAUUUGUUGUAUUCUCCCUACACCCUUUCUCUGUUUCGUGACAGAAAGAAAAGAUUUUUUAAGAAACCUGUAAUACAUUACUGGGUAGAAGUUUAUUUGUUUAUUUAUUUAUUUUUGUUGGUAGUGGCUUUGAAUAUUCUGUGUAGUGUGUUCUACUUGUUGAAUAAUAAAUUCAAAAGUAUUUCUGAAACCUUAAAAUCUCUUAAGCAGUAAGAUAAACAAUUGGCUGCAUAAACCAAUGUGAGACUUCUCUCACACCACUUACUGCUUCUGGUUUUGUCACUCUUCUGUUUUGCUUUUAAACUCAUACUGCUCAGCAAAAUGCAGUUUUAAAUAUUUAUUUCACUUGGUUUCCCAAUUUUAAGAUUUACCUCAUUUAACUGACUUAAAAGCCUGUUUCAUCAGUACAUUUUGGCCCUUUAGGAAACUAGUUCAGCCUUGAGUGAGCUGUUAGUAUACUGGUAACUGUGGACAGUCUGAGCUGGUAAGUCAUCUUAACGAAGCUCCUGGCCAAGGUGCAGCACUUAACCUACUAUACAUGAGACCCUGGGAUCAGUUUCCACACUAUAAAACAAAAACAAAACCGAAAAUUAUGAUUUAGACAUUUUGUUAACAAAAAUAAAAUGUAAAGGGUUUGUUAUUAAUAUCUUCGAUUUGACAGUUAAAUGUUUAUUUGUUCUUAUCUUACAUUUGUAUGCCUGUGUUAAAUAAAUAUUUAAUCAUU